UCAUCUUCCUCUCAUUUCACUUCAUUUCAAAAUGGCCUCACGGUUCAUAACUUUCAGUACAAUUUUGAUUAUUAUCUUCCUCUUUGCCUUAAUUGUUCAUGUCCCAUCUUCGGAAGCCAGAAAAAUUAAGGUCUUGAGCAUGGAGAGGAUGAGAGGGGUAUCUUUUUUGAAGGAUGGUUUGGUUCAAAGUGAUCUUCCUAAGGGAACAACACGACCUUCGGGUCCUAGCCACUCGGGACGUCACGCUAUGGCUACCGGAGACAGAAUUGAUCGGAUACUGGGAUCAGUUCCCAGUCCUGGAGUGGGUCAUUGAACGAAUCUUUUUGUUCCAGUUUUUUUACAUCAACAAUUUGCUAAUUUUUCCAUUUUUAGCUUUUUUUUUUUUUGAACGGUUUACAGUUCAAGGUGGCGGGAUUUGAAUCCUAUCCCUUGCGUUGGUGGAUGUAACUUACGAAUUGAUUUAUAACAGUUGGGCCGCAAAACUCGGGUGCUUUUCACUUUGAGUUUUUUGUUCUCAAUCUACCAAAAAAAUGUAUAUAUUAUGCUUUAAAUCAACAGUACCACAGUUG